AUGUUUAAUAAAAUAUUCCAAAUUUUUCUCAAUUUAAAUAAAAAUAUUUUAUUUAUUUUAUUAUUUUUUCUAAUUUUUUUAUUAAAAGAAAAUGUUAAUUGUGAUUAUUCUCUUGAAUGUAAUUCUGGUUAUCGUGUUUCUGCCAUUCGAAGGGCUAAUUCUGACAGGCAAAGAGGGAAAGUUGGUUCAAUUAGUAUUGAAUGUCAGCCAUUAUUAAGUGGCCAAAUAGUUAAAGAAAAGGUUAAAUGUUCCCCUCUAAAUAUUGCCCCUCAAUGUAAUGGCCAACUUGAAGGAUGUAAUAACUCUCAAUGGCUUGGUGGUUUUAAUGUUUAUGAACUUGAUAAUAAAACAAAUGCAAUUCUUCUGGACCCAAUUUGUUGUGAAUCUCCCGAUUUAUUACAAAUUGAUCAAAAAAGUUGUGUUUCUGAAAGAUUAAAUUUCCCAAAAUUAUCUUUUGAACAUUCAAUUUCGAAUUCUGAUUUUGUUUACAAGUUUUUUUGA